UCACGGGCUACCGGACUGCUUGACAUUGGAUCUAUGCUCAUAAAAGUCCGGACAAACAGUGAUUGUAGACGUUUGUGUUGAAGACCAUCCCCUCGUUUUUAAAAGAUGUGUUUGUUUGGGAGGAGGGGAAGGUAGAAAGCGCGCGCUAAGAGAACAAAAACGUGACUAGGCACCAAAGCUUUCUGUUAUGCAACCGCUGACCUACUAACACACAUUGGAAGACUGUGUGUGUGUGUGUGUGUGUGUGUGUGUUUGAAACUGGAGCAAAGCAUCCGACAUGAGGACACGAGUAGGGAGGGAUUCACAGCAAAUAGCGCCACAUUCAAGGACACAGCCUACAGAGACAGCAGCUCGUGUUAAGUUACUCCACCACGCGGGACAUUUUUAGCUAAAAAGUCUCACAGACUUCUGUCUGCAGGCAAAAGAGAAGAUAAAGGAGGACAGAGGACGCCACUUUCUGAGACGAAAAGACACCCUCUUUAGCCUCGAAGCGGGUUUUCCUCGGUAGACGGAGCGAGUCUUCUCCACCCGGAUUUAGUCAGUGGAGUUACAGUGGACUGUGGACAGACAUCAAUCAACCAGACUGAAGCAAGUUUUAACAACCAGACUUCGUCACUUAAACCUUCAGAAGAUACUCAUCAAAAUACAAAUGGUACCACUCAGAAACUUACUGGUAGACUAAUUUUAAACACUUCCCUAUCAAAUGAGAUAGGGUUUAAUUGAAAUCCAAGUCUUCUUUAUGUAUCUAGCCAAUCUGGCCUCUUGAACGUUUAGACAGUGGGUAUGAAUAGAGAGGAAAAAUAGGCAAGAAUCAAUAAGGUUCCUUCCUGGAGGUGUAAGGGAACAUCACAGGUCUUUGCAUUCUGCACAUUUAGGUAGUUAUUUCAUCCUUAACCUCACACUUUCAGAAGUCUUAUUUUCAAUGUCAGCUGAGUCCCAGUCAUACAGACUGGCCUCUGCAGGAGCACGAUGGAGAGUCAGAACCUUUCUGCUCAAAACCCAAAUGCCAACAUGGAAACAGACACAUUUUCAAAUUUCACAGAAAGCUUACCAACACCUCAGAUUAGCAGCUCUUCUCGACAAGGCAGACUUAUUAAACCAAAGCCCAACGUGAACUGUAGACGCAAGCGCGAGUUCAUUUCAGAAGAAAAGAAAGAUGCUUCCUACUGGGAAAAACGUCGCAAGAACAACGAGGCAGCAAAGCGUUCAAGGGAGAAGCGACGACUGAAUGACAUGGUGUUGGAGAACAGGGUGAUGGCGCUGAACGAAGAGAAUGUUCGCCUAAAGACCGAGCUCCUGCAGCUGAAGCUGAGGUUCGGCCUCAUCACCACAGCCUCAUAUAUGGAGAAAAGCCAGCAGAUCAGCAGUGGAACUGAGGCUGCUGGCAGUAACACCACUGCUGGGAGUGCAGCUGGAGGAAACACCUAUUUCUCAAGUAGUGGAUACUCCAGUGCCUCCCAGAUUAUGAUGAACUCAGACUCCUCAGAGACAGAACAGUCGAGUCGGGGUGAGCGGCAAACACCAUUACCCAAGUACUCCCCUCAUGGCUCUUUGUCUGACAUGUCUGACGGAUCUUCUCGGGACAGCCCCGAACCGAUUUCAUACAAAAUCAAGCAAGAGAGUUCAGCUAUGGACAUUAACAGACUUGAGACGAGCGUUCUGAAUGGCAUGUUUAGUGGUCAACCUGGAUUUUCCCAACUGCAGACCCACCAACUACAAGGAACAGAACAGCAGGAGUCUGGUACCAGCCCAGCUAGUCAACCUGCCAGAGUUCAAAGGAGCGUAAUCCUGUAUCGUUCAGGCAGUAGCACAUACCCACUCGAGACCCAGAGACUUAAUAGCAUGGAUCAGCAGACUGGACUACCACCACAGCAGAAGGUACAAGUCACUCACGUGAGCCAAGCAGCAUUUAGUCUGCCUGCAAGAGCAGAUGGUUUAGAGACUCUGUCAGAGGUUGCUCAGCAACUAGCAAGGAGGUCAUUGGAUUCACCGUCUUACGAAUACGCUAAAAGCAAGGUGGAUGCCACAGAAGUCCAGCAGUUUGUCUCUCAGCACAUUCAAUCUCCCUGCAGUCCUCAGCAUUCCUCUAAAGACAGUGUCCCAAAUUCCUUCACUACAGACCUUCUUAGUGAGACUGACAAGUGUCACCUUUACCAGCAUCAGAACUCCUACCUCAGCCCCAUGGAUGAGGAGCCACCCUUGUUAACGUAUGAGGGUGAGUCUAGAGCUGACAGGUUCUACCAAGAGCCCUCCUCUUCCAGCAAAGACACAUCCUCCAGUGAUGGAGAUCCUCGAAGCUCUGACAAAGAGGCCUCCACUGAUGAUGAGUCCCCAUCAUCCUGCUCUUCAGAGACCAGUGGCUAUAAUGCAGCCAUUGCUAUCAGCAGUGCUUGCCAAAAUGGUGACAGGCAAACAGAAGUAAAAACCACAGCGCUGCCCCACAAGCUAAGGCUGAAAUACAAGGCACUGUCCAAUGGUGGCUCCCAGGAUGGAACCAGCUCUAUUACCACUGCCACUGCAGGCACUUUGCUCAGUUCAGCACUUCCCCAGCACCCCUAUCUGGCCCUCACACAAGUCCACCAGCAGCCGGGCAGCAACUGUCAAAACAGAGAGGAGGAGGUGGAGGGGGCAGAUGGAGAGAGCACCCAGCAGUCCCCAUGCAGAGAAAACACAGAGAGCAGGAGGGACAUUGGAAGGAAAGUGACAACAGCAUGGAACUGCAGAAACAAGGAAUAUGACUGAGAGGACUGACCUGGAAGACUCAGCCAGCUGAUGCCAGAUACCUUUAACUGUUCAACAAAACUGAAGUACUAAAAAGACAUCAUAAGACUACUGCAUGAAAUAAACUCUUUGAUAUGUAUUUAGAGUGAAUUUUAGAAGAUUUCAUCCAUUGUACAUUUUUAUUGUCCUCACUCAAGCACUUAUUUACACAAAAAUGAAGAAUAAAUUAAUGGAAUUAGUGGAGCUCCUUUUCUAUUUUUAAGUCAAAUUAAGGGCACAAAGAACAGACCCUCUUUAGUGACAGUGCGUGUCUGUGAGGAAAAGCCUCUGUCAUUAAUUUUUCGAGCCUCUUUUUCCCCUGUUUAUUUCAAGAACCAAAGAUACAAAACCCGAGAGUUCCACUCUUUUUAUCAGUGUCACUGUUCUUCAUAGUCCUUUGACCUUUGUGUUUCUCAAGAAUUUAGACUGUAAAAUACUGUGAUAUAAUUACAAAUUCAUAUUUAAAUAUAUUUUAUGGAAAAAAAAACCUUGGAAAAACUAAAACAAAGACAAGAUGGCAGGGGAAUGAAAUUGGAAUGAAAUCACUAUUUCUCUGUGCCAUCUAUAAAUACUGAGGUCAGCAUUGUUUAUCUUGUUUUUUCAUAGGGGUAUUUUUUUGACACCUUAAAACCAACCUGAAUUUGUUCAUGUUUUGGUUUUAAGCCACUGGGAGACUAAAUGAGAAAAUAAAUCUCUUCACCUCUCCACCUUUACUCUUAAAACCACACAGUCUGACAGAGACAGACUUGCUGUCAAGGUCACUCUGACCAAUUUAUCUGUAAAGCACCUUUACCUGCCUGAUUAGACUGUAUAAUCACAGCUGUCUCUUCUGGGACUUAGCUUUAAAUUAGCAUAAUGUAAAAACUGUACAAUAUUUCACUAGCAUAUUAGGGCAGUUUUCCCUCCUGUGGUUUCAGAAAUGUUUCAUGCACUACCUCAUUAAAACAAAGUGGUCACAGUUAUACAGUAUUUGAGUGUUAAUGUAUUUCUAUUCAGAUGAUGCAUUGUAGCUUAAUUCAGUCACCCAGCAAUUGCCAUGUAAAUGAAACACUAUGCUGCAUUUCACUAGAAAGUGAACAGCGCUUUUGUUACCCUUCCAGAAACUGAAUAGCAAGAAAACCAGCAUCAAUCUCCACCCACCGAGGUGGUUUAAACACGUUAACUAAUCAGGUGGUGUUUUAUCUUGUUAUGUAAUUGGGUGAUAUUUUAUUAUGUUGAGUAACCCACAUGUUGCUCCUGCACUAAAACAUCAGAUUUUCUAUCUGUGUUUGCAAAACAGGUGCCUGCCACUGGACAUUGUGUAUAAAUGUAAAAGUGUUCUCUUUUAAGUAAUGUAAAGUUUUUAUCUAGUUUAUUUUUGCAUUAUAUAACUAAUUAUUGUAUCUUAUUUGAUAUUUGCAUCCGAUAUUUUUUGUUUGUUUCCAGUGUCUGUUCAUUUAAUUGUGAUUGUGUGGUUGUACGUGUUUGUUCCAUAUUCUGCUGAUGAACGUAGACAGACCAUGUGGUGUUUGUUCAAGUUUUAAGAAUGAAAAGGAAAAAUAAAACAUGUAAGAGAAGAGGGAGGGAGAACCUGAUAUGAUGCUCAGACUGUUCGUCAUGUCAAGAUGCGGGACAAAAAAAAUAA